AUGGCUUUCUUCUCUACGCUCUCGAGCUCCAUCGGCCGGAAGCUGCUCCUCUACGGGUUGCGCCACAUCGACAUACUGGACAAAGACCCUGCCGACUUCGUGAGCGUCGAUGUCGGGAGGCGCACUACACUCGAGGUUCGGGACGUUGGGUUGCACGUCAAGAAACUCCUAGCACUACUACACCUCACGCUCCCUCCCGAGAUCCAGCUGUUGAAAGCGCAGGCCUCGCUCCUCCGGGUUACCUUCGUCCUCGAAUUCGGCGUCCCCCAGAUAUUGAUAGAGAAACGAUCCUCGCCACCUCCAACGGCCGCUUCGCCUUCCGCUCCACCCAACAACCAGUACAACGAUGGUUCAGACAAUGACGAUGAUGAUGACGACUACGUGCCCACCGUAGACGAGCUGGCCAAGUCAUUCAUAAAGACGGAGCCUCUGGAAGAAAUUCGCGAGCUGCAGCAUGAGCUCGAGUCUCAACCUACGUAUAUGCACGAGUCGGUCGCAUCGAGCGACGAUGGCGAAGAGGCUUCUGCUGGUAUUGGAGCGCCUCUGACGAUCCCAACAUAUCUUCGCAAUAUGUUGAACACCGCUUUAGAUCGUCUAAGCAUAGUUGUCAACAACAUCGAUAUAGAUGUGGAGGAUCACUUCCCUAACGAUGCCAUGGACUCGUCAAAGUCAAGCGAGACUUCACCUUCUUCUCUGAGCUUUCACAUCGAGAGUAUAGCGAUUGACUCGACCACUGCCAAAGAUGUUCGCAUUGAGGCUGAGUCCACAACGUUGCCUCCCGCCACCUCGAAGCUAGGUAAGCGGAGGAUGCGGGUGGAAAACAUUUGCGGGCGCCUUGUGUCCGAUGUCAAAAAUUUCGUAUCUCAUUCGCAGUUCUCGCAGCCGUCAUCUCCGCCUACUUCGCGAUCUCAGGCGUCAAGCAGCCAUGAAACCAGCAGCGAAUCUGCGACGAGUCAAGUUCAAGACCAGCCUGUUGAGUCCAGGCAAUUUUUCCAAGAGGAAGUGAGAAGCUCGACAACAUUCCGGGGCGAUGAAGAGGCGUCAUCCAGUCAGAUCGUUUCGCCAACAGAAGCCCAAAGUGCCGUCUCUCACGGAGAAGCUACCUCCCCCAAGCGUUCUUUAUCCCAAGACCAAGCACAGCUAGCGCCGUCGCCACAAACAACAGACGAUGAUCGUUUUGCAGACGCUACUUCCGAUGACGGUGUGUAUGAUGAACAACUGCAGCCUUCACUCGGCCAGUCUCAGCAACAUUAUGCAUUGCCUGAUCUUGGCGAGGGUAGUUCAUCGUAUGACGACGAGGGCUUGCUCAACUUCGCGAUGCAGAAUGACAUGCUCAAUUCACAACUUGAGAAUAUAUCAGCGAUGGAACAGUCAUCAGACGCGGCGACGUGGGGGCUAGACGGUGCAACUUCAAGCCGACAUACUCACAUCUCCGAAACCGCUAACGAUGCAUCCGUGUCAGACUUGCCUACUGUGUCUGCUCUGGGUCGCUCCUUUCCAGUCCCGAAUGUGAUCGACUCACCGUCUCAAUCGGGCCAUAUCCAGGCACCCCACAUCAGUACUGACAAUUUAGCUGCAGCACAUGAGCGAACAACGGAUGAUACUCAGGAGCUUUCCGACGACGUGCACCAGCAUCUUGAUCCAUCGCCUUCACCAGAUGAAGACAUGGCCCAGUCACGGUUUUUCACGCACGAUGAGGCUGAAAGUAUGUACAUGAGUGCAGUGAGUGCGACGCAGGCUAGUUCCGCUCAUGCUGGGCACGUUCCCGGAGGCUGGGACUCUUCGUCAGACUCAAGUAAAGAAUCUAGUUCCGAUAGGUCGGAACCGAUACCAGAGGAUAUGAUCUCCGGUAGCAUUUUAGCGCCAUUGCCAGAAGCAGACGAUGGAUGCGAGACUCCACGUCCGGGGAGCCGCCAGAGCUCGGUCUUGCCGCCAAGACCCGAACUUACACAAACCCCCACGCCUGACGCGCCCGGUCCGCGAAAACAUGCCAAACGGUUUCUCACUAUAGAUGAGAUUACUGUGUGGUUCCCCAUGGCCCUCGGUGAUAAAGAGCGUAAUGAUGCAACAAGCGAGCAAGUCGAUGAUGCGGCAGGCAUGGAGUUUAGUCCUUCCAAUUUGGGUGAAGAUUCUAUUUUCACGGAGAUGCCAGGAUCGUUCUCCAAUUAUGCACAUUCUUCUUCACACCGUCGAAAGCCCUCCCUGGAAGCAUCGUCUCGCGGACGACCUACUCCCGCAUCCCUACAAACAUCUCGGCCACCAGCGCAGCCCACGACAACAGGCGUGGCUUCGAUCAUUGUCGAUGUCGGCUCCGUAGUCGGUCAUAUGGACAUAUCCACUGGCCGCAUCAUGGCCGCUAUGUUUGCUCGGGCAACACAGACUCUGACGGGGGAACAGUCCUCAAGCGAAGGAACUGUGAAAUCGAAGCCCACGGAAACUUUGGAAUCAUCUCCCAUGAGUCUUGAAGUUUCCGUGCAGAGCAUUGCUCUAUCGUGGCUGGAGCACGUGUUGGCGGAAUCUACGCAGGAAGGGCCGCUUUCAGAGCACCAACUGGAACUUCAACCUUCGGACGCAAUAUUGAGAGCCAAUUUCUCGGCUAUACACCUCACCAGUGGCAAGUCUUCCGGUAUUUUGCGAACUCAACUUCAUAUUGGCAAGUUCAAAUUAGCAUCUUUGGAUCAAGACAUCAUUUCCUUCCACAGCUCACGGCCGAAAUCCAGACGGUCGGCCAAUGUCCCGCUAGAACAACCCAAUCACGAUAUAGAACUGAAGUACGAGCAGGGGCAAGACGAUCGUAUCACCAUCGUCACCCGUCCCCUCAACAUCUUGUUUGACAUCCAGAAACUGGACGACGCGUUGGGCUCCUUUGGUGGGUUCAGCGGCAUAUUAGAGUUGAGCAACUCCAUCAACUCUAGUAGCGCAGUCGCAAGUCCUGUCAUAUCGCCAGCCCGCUCUCGGCCUCGCGGUGUACAUUUUGGUGAUGGUCUACCUCCCCCUGUCAAAGAAUCACCACCCACGAAGUCUCCGAAGAUCGACGUAAAACUCGGUGAGGUAUCUUUGGGCCUCAGGGGGAAGUCAUGUUCCAUGCAACUUCACACGACAACGGUGCGCAUUGCUGUACGGCAAAGCAAUGUGCGCCUCAAAGUUUCUGAGACACAGCUGACUGGCCCUUACACGGAGAUCGCCCCCAAGACUGCACCUUUUUUUGGAGAAAUGAAAGGCACUGAAAUCAACUUUCUCUUCGCUCCUGGCGAGCAGGAUCUCACUAGGCUAAUAUCCUUAAUCACGCCAUCAAAGAACCCGUACGAAAACAACGACGACAUUCUCAUCGAAACCCUGCUGCGUCAGCGAAAGAAAGGUUCCGUACUCCGAGUUGAAAUCGCUGAAAUCGGUGUUCAUGUUUCAGAUCUUGAACACAUGAAAGCCUUUGAGGCUCUGGGGAUAGAGCUGGCUCGAUUAUCCAAGGUCACCAAAUACUUGCCAGAUGAUGAUCGACCUGGCCUUCUAAGCCUCGCAUCUGUGAAACGGCUGGAUGCUCGCGUUACUAUGAAUGAGAAACUUGGAGAUGUCUCAGUCAUCUUGCAGGAAUCCGCAUUAGCACACGUCGGAGUUCCUGCUUUGCUUGCUGUCGAAGUAAGCAAAGCGACUGUUCGGCGCAACGAAGAAGUAUUGGUCCAUGAAGUUGUGGAGCUAGACCCAUCGGAAGAACUACCCGUCAUCAUGCUGAGGAUGGUGGGCGAUGAGAUGGAACCCAUGGUGAAAGUCAAGCUGUUCAACCUAUGCGUUGAAUACCGAGUCAGCACGAUUAUGGCAGCGCUGGGGAUUGCUGAGGAUGGCACGGUAGACGAUCUGGCUAUAGGUCUGGCCUCGAGUGUCGCAACCGUCACAGGCGCAUCCUCUCCUAAGACCAUCAGCCGACAAUCUUCCCAGGCGAGUUCGCCAGUCACAGCAGUCUCUCAGCCGCUUCAGGUCGAUCUUUUACUGAGGGAUUGCGCAAUUGGUCUCAAUCCCCGGAAAUCACUGUCGAAGGGUCUCUUCGUCCUCACGGAAGCGCAUGUCACGGGUAAGCAAGCAAGAAACGACUACUCUGUCACGGUCGACCUCCGCAAGGCUUCGAUGCAUGCUAUAGAUGACAUAGCGCGCCUAGAAGAAGACCACGGACCUGUCUCGACCAUACCCACUGCCAACGGCCAAUUAAAUGGGCUGAAAAACUUGGGCUAUGUGUCUUUGAGUUCGAUUUCGGCCGCAAAGAUAUUAGUCAAUAUUGGAGGUGAUGGACAGGAACACCCACAGCUAGUGGACGUGGAGUUCAAAAAUGAGCUGUUUGUUAUUGAGUCAUGCGCAGAUUCUACACAGACGCUUAUGACAAUUCUGAGCGGUCUACAGCCCCCAACGCCACCAUCAACCGCAGAGCGAUAUCGUACGACGGUACCGCUACAGCAAAUGAUCGAGUCAUUCACUGGCGAUGAACUGUUGCAAGAUGAAGAAGCCGAUGCCGAUGACUUCAUGAGCAAUGCUGACUUGAUGGAGGAUGAUCUGUCAAAGAGUCCUACUUUCGUUGGGGGACUCUACAAUUCACAACCCUUACCGACUGAUGAGGAAAUGGGUGACAGCCUUUUGGCUGAAGAAGAUCUCGGCGCUUUGCCCACACCGCCUAUAACUCGCCAACGUGGCGAUCGAGCUCUCCUUGAGAGCUUCCAGGAGAAGCACGAAGUCACUCAAGGAGAAGAAGCGUUUGAUUUUGACGACGACUACUUCGGAGAGUCAAAUAUCGAACCAAAGGGUAAAGCCCGUAAAUGGGAUUCGACAAAGAACCAAUAUCAUCCAUCCAAUGAGUUCAAGGUUAUAGGCGCUCCACUAAAGGUACGCGUCCGCGACGUCAACGUCAUCUGGAACUUAUACGACGGCUAUGACUGGCCUCAAACACGGAGCGUUAUCAGCAAAGCUGUGGAUGACGUUGAGGCUCGCGCCGAGGAGCGAAGGCAUAAGGGACGAGAAGAAGAUGACGACGAUGACUUCGUUGAGCAAGACUUCCUCUUCAAUUCGGUUUGGAUUGGUGUUCCUGUGAAGGACGAGAAAGGAGCUCUAGCCCGACGUAUCAACCAUGAUAUUGACGAUCUUGCCAGCGAGACGGGCAGUUACGCGACGUCGACAGCGACACGCUCGACUGGGGCUACUCUACGGCCUCGAAGUACUACCAAAUACAGGCGUCGUCUCAAGCUCGAGCGUAGUAAACACAAAAAGAUUGCAUUCUCCCUCAGCGGGGUCGCGGUUGAUCUUGUCGUCUUUCCGCCGGAUACAGGCGAGACGGUCAAUUCCGUUAAUGUCCGCGUACGAGAUCUAGAGGUUUUCGAUCACAUGCCUAGCUCUACCUGGAGGAAAUUUGUCACGUGCGCAAUCGAUCCAGCGAAGAGAGAGCUCAUUCGUCCGAUGAUAAAUCUUGAACUCAACACGGUCAAGCCGAUCACUGAUCUAGCGGCUUCGGAGCUCGUCAUUAAAGUAAGUCUUGAUGCAUGUUGA